GUUAACAGCUCGCUACCUAUCUCUCUCGUGCACUCAUACCAGCGCACGCAUCGCGCAGUCGGAGUUCACUCACACAUCGCAUUAGGCUUUGCACGCCGCCAGUACGCCAGUACUAGCGACAACGUCACUGGGGCCCCAACACGUUCCUUCUGUCGCGACAAUCGCUGCUUCAUCGAAAACGUUUCUACGAACUGCCAUUGUUCGCGCCACAAUGCGUGACACUUAUGAAGUGGCUUAAUUGACGCGAAUUGUUUUUUAUUCGUAUAUCAGAUUUGAUGUUUUAAGAAUUAAUUCGCAACUUUUGAAAUUAUUAAUUGCGGUUUUUAAUCGCUCCAGUGGUCUAGUGAUGUUGAUAUGACUUGAUGUCACACGGAUAUUGGACUGGCCGGUGAGGAAGCAUCUGAAAACAUAGCGUUGAAACUUCAAAGACCGCAUUCGACAUCAAACGAUCUCUCACCAACAUCAAUCUGAAGAGGCUAUUAAACGCUAAUUCAAUCAUAAAAACAAACAUGACGACGCACUAUUUCCGUACAAAUCGCGGGUGAAUAAUUUAACACAUGAGCUCGGAACAAGAAGCCGCGGUUACAUGUAAAGAGACAGAGUGCGGUAGCGAAAGAGAGGCUACAGAUAUGCAGACUAUGCUAUCAGCUUACGUCGCGCCCAGUUUGAUUGAUCAGGUGGACCCCCGACUCGUCCAGGCUCACGACGCGUACGAAAAUGAUCCCUCAUACGGCGCUGACUGCCAGUACGUACAGGCAGGGGGAGGCGUUUAUGAAGGCGAAGAAGAAAAGAUAAAUGUUGAUGAGGAAGAUAGGGAAGACGACCUUAUUAUAGCUGACGAUAUUUCCGCAUCAGAUAUGCAAUUACAAUAUCAAAACAAUUAUUACUUAAACACCUUUGCGACUGAGAUCGAUUUCAAAGCUCAAGAAAACAUAAAUACUCAAUAUUUAGCUGAUGAAUAUAAAGGGAGAACAAAGGCGGAAGUGAAAAAAGAAAAGUUCAGCGAAUUUUCAUGGCAUCCCCACGUCUAUGGUAAACCGCCAAAGAAGCCGACGCCGCAUAAUAUCGAAUACAUAUUAGGGAUGACUGAUUCAACAGCGGAGAUGAGUCAUAAUUAUAAGGAAGCAAAAGAUGUCAACCAUGCAGGAGGCCGCAAAUCUAAUUUUGGGGUAAAAAAAGGCUUCUCAUAUACUGAAAGGAGUAUUCAAGUACAAACCGAUUUUCCUGAACGGAAAUACAAUAUUAGCGUUCACAAAAAUAAACUUCAGGAGCAGCUUCUUCAAAGAACAGCUAGAUCUGCAGAGAAUAGUUACGAGAACAAAGUACAGUAUGCUAUUAAAUACGAGGACCAGCCUCUCAACCUGUCGGUGCCAAAGAGCAGAGCUGACGACGAUAACACGCCUAAAAAUUCGUCGAAGUUAGUUAAACGGAAGAAGUCGAUGGAGGACGUGCGCUCGCCUCUUGGAGGUGAGGGCUCCCUCACCAGCGAGGAGGGGGAGGACCUGGGCACCGGCAGGAGGAAGAAGGCGCGCACCACCUUCACCGGCCGCCAGAUCUUCGAGCUGGAGAAGCUGUUCGAAAUCAAGAAGUACCUGUCCUCCGGCGAGCGGGCCGACAUGGCCAAACUACUCAAUGUCACAGAAACACAGGUGAAGAUCUGGUUCCAAAAUCGGCGAACAAAGUGGAAGAAGAAGGACAACCUCACAAACGCCGAGGUGGCGGAGAUGAAGCAGCAGAGCAAGCCUGGCGGUGAAGAAAGGAAGCCAGAAGAAUCGCCGAAGGAGGACCCGCUAGCUAUUGAUAUGACUAAGAGGAACUGUAACAAGAUCCUCAGCGAGAAACUAAAAGUCGUCAAACAAGUCCAAGCCCAAAGCACAUCCCCAAAACUGCAAAAAGUAGAGAAAGGCGUCGCGCUUGAUACGGUAUGCGCUCCCGAUGAUAUCGAGAGCCGGAUUUCGAUCACCAAAAUCACCAACAAAUUAUCUUGCACCGAUUUAUCUCGAGACCAGGUAUCGGUCAGGAGUUUCAAUCCUGAGGAGGGAAAAGACUUAAAUUUUGAGGUUGUUAGUAGAAAUGUUGAGAUGUAAGUUGUCAGAGGCACAGGGCAAACAAAACAGGAACUUCGGUUUCUCAUCUAAUACAAACUGAAAUCAGGCUCUUCUUUUGCGCAGAAAAAUGGAAACGUGAUUUUACAAUUUCAAAUAUUGCAUCCUUUAUUUAUUUCUUUCUUUCUUGGAAAACCAACAGCUUACAAGACAAUACAAUUUAGAUUCAAAAAUACAAACAAAUAGCCAAUUACAGGUUUUCACCAAAAAAAAACAUAAUAGGUAAAGUCAGCCGCUGGUGGCUGACAAAAAUUUGUCAUCAUUACGCUCGCUCAAAUCGUCACGCAUCACGUUUCCAAACAUA